CCCGUUACAAAUACUUUCCCUCGUUUCUUCCGGUGCCCCCUUUCUCCCAAGUGAAUUUUCCGUGGCCCCAAACCCUUUCCCCCUUCUAUAAGUAAGCUUUUCCUAAACCAACACUCUCAUCACUCAAACUCCAAAUCCUAAACCAUAAACGCUUAAACUCGAAACCAGAAUUCCCUCAAUCAUGAAAUCUCUAUCGAUCCUCCUCAUCGCAACACUUCUCGUCGCCGCUGCGGCCCGCCCGGCGGUGGCAGAGGUGCAAUGCAACAAGGUCGUGCAGUCUCUGAUCCCCUGCAUCCCUUACCUCACCGCCAUCGGCGGCGGCGCGAAGCCUUCUGCCGGCUGCUGCGACGGGGUGAGGAACUUGAAGAAGAUGGCGCAGUCGUCGCCGGAUGACAAGCGCGCCACCUGCGAGUGCGUAAAGCAAGCGGCUGGAAAGUACUCGCAGGCGAUCAAGCCGGAGGUCGCCGCUCAGCUGCCUAAACUCUGCGCCGUGGAAAUCAGUGUUCCCAUUUCCAAAGACACCGAUUGCAGCAAGCUUUCAGCUCGCGGAAGGCUUGUGGAAAACGCAGGAGCAUGAAGAAGAAAGGAAUCAGAGGAUGGAAAGGGGAAUGUUCGAAUAAGUAAAGCUCGCUAGAGAAAUAGUGUGCUACCCCUUUAAAUGAAAAGAAAAGUUAAUAUGUUGAGCCUGAAAUAUUAACAAAUCAAGUUGGAAAUGACAAUUCCUGGUUAUAUGAAGUUCCAAUACUUGUUCUGGGAAAUGAGUGGAAGUAGUGAAAAUUUCAAUUUUAAAAUUUUACUUGAUCCGAUUCUGAUUUCACUAUAGAAUUUAUGGACUUUAAAAUCUUACUAUUAACGAAAUUAAGGUCCAUGUUGAAUUGAUUGAAUUUGGACCAAAUCGAACGGAAUUAAAGCGAUAAGAUCAAAUGUUUGGGUGAGUUAACCCAUUUUUUCCUUCUCCUCCAUCAACAUAAUCUAGUUCUCUCUCACUAUAUUAAUGACUCAUUUGCUACCAUGUAAGAAAAUACUAGAACAUGUCCUAUUUAAGAUGAAUAAAAUGUUAAGAUUGAUCUAUAAUGAAGAAAAUGCUAGGACUCCACACACAAGAACUAAUAACUCGUAUAAUUUAUAUUAUCCAAGUACUUGUAAGUAGUAAUCUUCCUAUAGCAACUUUAUUGUUGCGAGUAACUACUCUCUAAGUUUAGGUGCAAGUUAUUUCGGUUGCAUUUGUGUUGAUUUGGAACAAUAAUCUCGAGAUAUUAUCAUUUUAAGUGUCACGUGUCUUUGUGAUAUUCAUGGUUUACCUUAUUAAUAUUAUUCAGUGUUCGUUUCUAUUUGUCAUUAAAUUCCUAUAAUUUUACGAUUUUAAUUUUACCCAAGUUUUCAAUUUUACGUAAAAUAGCAAUUUUGACUGCUUUGUGACAUUAGUAGUAGCAAGGGCGGAUUGUCACGAACUAAACCCUUUCAAGUGACCUUAACACUCAACUGUUGUUAGAUGCUAAAUCAAUUUUCUCUCGGCCUUGUUCACACUUAUAAGUAUGGAGGAAUUCUCUCUAGAUAAGUAUUUCUCUUAAUGUUUAUGUAUGUGUACAAAUGGGGUAUAUGCUCCUUAUAUAGGCCUUACUUUAAAAUGGAUGGUUAGGGUCUAUCCAAUCUUAUAGUCAAGAUUGAGUAUCUAGAAUACUUUAUAUAAAUAUAUAUUAUCUACAAUCAGUUCACCCUUUCCUUUUUCCAAUCAGUUUUGAUCUUGAACAACUCCCUCCAAAAUUUUUCGGUGACAUGACCAUCUCAAUCGCUUACAAUGUUGGUAAGAACGCCUCAAUACUUCACCACAUUUAUGAAGAAUAAGCGGCAACAUCUUCG